UUCUACUCGGUGUCUCUUGUUCCCGAAUGGGACCUAGUUGGGGUCAUCUCAGGUCAGGAUGAAAGAACGCCACCACCCAACAAUGCCCCGUUCCAGAACAUCUUUAUGCCUCGAAGUCGAACCUGACAACCGCUCUAGUAAACAGAGCACAUUUUGCUUUCAACGAGACCGCACGUGUUUUUCACUCGUGCCGUUUUCUCGUGUUAAUGAGUUCAUUUGGUAUUCGCAAUGCCUAAAGAAGGAAGAGAGAAGAAGUAUCGCGUCGAUCGGACGCAAGGAGUCGCUAUGUCGGCGAAAAUCGGACAGAACGACGCUCUUCACAGAGAAGAGCGAGAGUCCAGAAGGGAGCAGUUUGGUUUUCUGCUUCCCCCCGGAACAACCCUCCCGCUGCCACAGCGUGUAGAGGAGGAGACCCGAGCGCUCAGCGCCCGGCCUCACGACAAGGCGGUUGUGUCGAAACAUAAAGGGGCACAAAACCGCAAGGACAGAAGGAAAAGGCCCUACGAAUCGUCAUGGCGGGCCGGUGACGGAGAGUUCACGGACGACGAGCGGAGCCCCAGCCGGGGCAGACAGGGACAGGACAGGCACGGUUCAGCACAGCUGAAGUCGUGUUCACAGGACAGAUUGUGCACUACGUACAAGACCGCUGUGUCAAAGCGCACGUCUACAACAAAACGCAGGGACAGAAGAAACCAGCCAUACAACACCUCAUGGCUGUCCGGAGACGAGGAGUCUGAAGACGACAGAAGCUCCAGCGGGAGCAGGCCGCGACAGGAGAGGCACGGGUCACAUCAGGAGAAGUCUUCACGGAUCGCGUCCUCCACUCCAACCGCUCCUCACGUCCCCGCUGUCCCGUCCGGAGAGGAGAAGAGACGGCUGUCUCCUCCUCCUGUCGUGCUGACACUCCGCCGUGUCGCUCCGUCUCCUCACCACAAUGCCAAGGAGGCCGCUGGAGCAAGUAAAGAGUACGUAGUCGUACAAACCAACCGACCAACAAAUCCAAAAGUUUGCCAUGACGACACAGGUAGCGUAAAGCGCCCUUGCUCUACCUUAGAGGACUCGGACGAGUCCCGUCGUCAAGGCAGCAAACGUCGGAUUUCGUACGCAGAGUACAUUAAGAGGAGCAGGAGUGGUGAUAGCAGAAACGUGACCGCUAGUGCAACUACAGUUGAAACCGGCACCAAGGUCCCGGAUGAGACGGAGAAGAGCCCAAUUUCCGAUCGCCGAGUGAUCAAAGCACGUCGGCGGAUGAGCCAGCAUGAGCUAGCGGAAGUCUCAUCACAAAUACGCGCCCGUAAAGAGGCUCUAUGCCCUCUGAUAACGGAGAAGAAGACGACCGACUCCACAAGCCGCCCUACCUCGUCCCAACCCGAGCUAGCACACAGUUCAGCAACACGCUGUUGCGGCUCAGCUGAUUUGAGUGCCGCUGCACCAACCCAGGAAAAAACACCUGCUGUCGGCACCGACGGCGAGACCGCGGGCGUACGUCACGGACGUGACGUCAUUACACACAAGCCGACGUCAUCGAGAUUAAGCAUUGGGAAGUCCCUCAUCGAGUUCAUCAAACGAGAGGAGGAGAAGAUUAGAAGAGACCAAAAGCUCCGGAAGCUCUUCCGCAAAAAGGCGGCGGCGCUGGCGGCGAAGAUUGGAGGUGAUGGAGCCAGGCGCAGCAGCGGGCCUCCAGCGGCAGCGGAGUUACGGGAGAAGUCGGUCAGAUCGGAAUCUUCAAAACGUGGGGACGGACGUCUCCGGCACAGCCUGGGUCAGUCAAACAUGCCUCCUAGCGACCAGAAGACGGAUAGCAGACUACCGGCCCAGCAGUACCCUCUCCGGCCAAGCAACAUUUCACAGAUAUCACAGAGCGGCGCGGAGGUUCAACGUCUCCUAGCGGCGACGGCUGUCGCUGCAUCACCCCAAAACUUGCCACAUGGUGUCCGGACGGACAAACCGAGAGACAACAAGCUCAGUGACGUGUGUCGUCCUGCUGAUGAAAACGCCCACAGACGAUGGCGCGCACCCCGAUCGUCAACUCAGACACCUCUGAGGUCCAUGCCCAUCCAGGCUGUGUAUACAGCAAAGGAAAUUGAGCAGGGAAUUCGCUCCAUCCGAAAUGCCGACGCUGAAAUUCCCUCCUCACACGAGCAGAGGUUGGCGGCAGUCCCUGCACCUGGAGUGUCCAAUCCGGCGCUCCUGACGUCACUGCCCACACCACGGCUGUCCAAUCCGGCACUCCUGACGUCACUGCCCUCACCGCGGCUGUCCAAUCCGGCACUCCUGACGUCACUGCCCACACCACGGCUGUCCAAUCCGGCACUCCUGACGUCACUGCCCACACCACGGCUGUCCAAUCCGGCACUCCUGACGUCACUGCCUACACCACGACUGUCCAAUCCGCCACUCCUGACGUCACUGCCCAAAACCUGGCCGUCCAAACCGCCACCCCUGUCGUCACUGCCCACACCUCAGCAGGUUUUACAGUUUAUGAGGAAGCAAAGAGACAGUAUGUUUGGUGAAGCAGCCGUACGUCAGCAGUCCAGCGACGCACGACAGCAGACGUCACUGCCCGGGCCUAUGACGUCACCACUCAUGACACUGGCUCUUCAGAAGAACAACCAGCUGCAGGCGGGACGCAGUGACAGACCAGAGGAACCGCCCAUUGCAGGGGAGUCAGCGACAGCAUGGAUGCCGGUACAGGGCCACUCCAGUACGGGUCGUGAAGCUACUGUACGUCAGGAGUCCAGUGACGUACGAUGGCAGGCGUCACUGUCCAGGCCAAAGACGUCACCACCCACAAGACGGAAGAAGAAGAGCAACAAUAACCAGGCAGGUCGCAAAGACAGACCGCCAAGAAGGAAGCCACACGUUGCAGUGAAAGUCAGGAAAACCGACAACUCUGCCACCUUGGGGUCAGCAACAGCAUCGAUGCCGAUGCAGGGCCGCUCCAGUAAUCGGACAGCGAUGGCUGUACCAUUGAUGGUGCCAACGUCAGAUAUGAACAACAACACAAUCACGGCAACAGCGACACCAGCUUUGCCGGCUGUAUUGCCAGACAGGAUUCCUCUGGAAGACGCCAUUAGACUGUUAGUUGGGACAGAAAGCAAGGAUGACCCAAGUCCCCGCGUGGACAGUUCAAUGGCAGAAACGGUAGAGUCCCCUACAAGCGCUGAUUCAAUGAAGCGAGCUCAGAGCAGCUCAGAUAACAGUACUACUACUGGUAAAAGGGGACGAAGCAGUGGAAAUAGCUCCUCGAACCUCCUGCCAACCAGUCAGUCGACUACUGUUGGUGACAAAGGGCCUAAGAAGCGUGCGCGCAUCACGACAGAUACUAGUACAGGCGCACUCACCAAGCCGCAGGGCAGCCUAACGACGAUGUAUAACACAUGUGAGCCUGUUGACGUUUCCGACGCUUCGUACAACGUGAAGAAAGACGACGGUGUCGACGGCUACGAGACGCCGUGGAACUUCGGCGUCACCCCAAACCUGUCCCUGAGCCGCUCAGAGGGCGGGCUCUGGCACUCCUGCAAGCCGGUGAAGAGCCUGAGCAGACCGCCGCCUCUUCCUCCGUUAUACCGUCCCCGUCCCCCGGGGCUGGAGCACGUCCAGGACAGCCCUCCCCCGACCAGCCCGGGCUCGCCGCGCCACCCUAGCUACCCGCUCCGCUUCGGCGCCACGGGGAGAAGCAAACCGAUGAAUCAUUACCUGACGCCGUACCGCAGAGUCGGCGUUCUGGAGCACCCCGGCUCCCCGUUACAGUCCACCUCCACAUGUCCCGAUCACAUGGUGGCCAGGUACCAGAACUACCUGUGGAUCGAGCCGUACGACUGGGCCGACUCCGGGCUGUGCGACAUGGUUGACGCGUCAGUCGACACGGCUGUGCCAAACAAGCAGGAAGAGGGACAAGAUGCGCGUGCGAUGGACAUUUAA